UUGGCCAAGUUACUCGACCCCUCUGAGCCUCAGCUUUGUCAUCUGUACAUUCAAGAAACAGGAGCUACUAUUGUAGGUCAAACCGACCAAAGCACUUUGACCCCCAUCGCGCUCCCCUUACUGGCCUACCCCGACGCCAAACAGGAUGCGGAAUACAUACCCCGUCGCACCAGGCCUCCUGCCUGCCACCUGCAACCCGCAGGUCACCACCGUCAGUUUCUUCAUUUUAUCGUCAUGCAGCUCAGGCCCAGAGAGGCAAAGGGACUCGCUGCGGGUCACACAGCCAGUGAAUCUGGGAUGGAAUCAGGACGGACCCCACAAUCCUUACAUGAAGCUGCGUGCUGUCUCUCCGCAGGGAAAGCUAUGGAGACUUCAGAAUCACUUCAAGAGCACAGUCGAGUCCACGGAGAAGCAGAAGAUCUAGACUAUGGAGAGACGGACUUCCACAAGCAAGACCGGGAGGCCAGACUCUUUUCUCAAGAACAACAUGAGAGAGACAAGUCUUCCUCCUCGUCCUCGUCCUCGUCCUCGUCCUCGUCCUCCUCGUCCUCAGGUGCAGAGCACGGGGAGCCUGACGUUUUGAAGGAUGAGCUUCAACUCUAUGGAGGUGCCCCUGGGGAGGUGGUGCCCUCCGGAGAAUCAGGACUCAUACUCCGAAGGAGAGGCUCUGACCCAGCCAGCGGAGAAGUGGAGGCCUCUCAGUUAAGAAGACUGAAUAUAAAGAAGGAUGACGAGUUUUUCCAUUUCAUCCUCCUCUGCUUUGCCAUCGGGGCCUUGCUCGUGUGUUAUCACUAUUACACAGACUGGUUCAUGUCCCUUGGGGUCGGCCUGCUCACCUUCGCCUCGCUGGAGACCGUCGGCAUCUACUUUGGCCUGGUGUACCGGAUCCACAGCGUCCUGCAUGGCUUCAUCCCUCUUUUGCAGAAGUUUAGGCUGAUAGGCUUUGCCUUCCAGGGUUCAGGAGGACCAACUGAAGCCAGUGCAGGGUGGGCAUUCCAGGCCAGGCCUCUGCGUGACCACCCCUACCUCCUCUCAGCACAUGAGGAUGGCGCAACGUUCCAGGAGACACGUGGGCGGGACAAGAUAGAGCAAUAAAGACAGCGCUUUUUCUUCCAUGUGGUCUGAACAUUGGCACCAGCCUGGCCAAGGUGCCCUUCAGGCAGCAUUGGCCCCAACCCAGCUGCAGGAUGUAAGGACGGGAGGGGUGCGGGCCUGCGCCCUUCACGGGACCUGGAUCAGCAGGACGACCCUGUGACGUCACUCCUCUCAGGAGACGGGAGGAGACCCCUGGUCCCUGCAAGCUGUAAUCUGUCUGGGCUUGUGAUUUCUCUGAAGUCCCCAGGCUAUCCCGGGACAGACAGACUGCCCAGAGGCAGAGAACCACCAUAUCGGGCCCCUGGGGUGAACCUGAUACAGGUGAGAUAUUGAGGACUAAAGCCACAGUAUCCAGGCAUCUUCCCUCAGUCCUGUUACCUGGUGCCAGCCCUGCUACCCUUGGACUCUAUCAAGAUUCAAAUAAACAUUCUCUUCCCUGGA